AACAGGCGUCCCCGGCUGCCAUUUAUUGGGGCUCUGAUUGGUGGAAAUAUCGUGAAAAGAUCGAGCGGACGCGACGUGAUUGGUGGAAAUACCCUUCCAGCAUAUAGCGGAUUCAUUUUUCGAUUUCCACCGACUACAACAAGCAACCAUGGCCCGUACGAAGCAGACCGCGCGCAAGUCCACGGGCGGCAAGGCGCCCCGCAAGCAGCUGGCCACGAAGGCCGCCCGCAAGUCCAUGCCCGCCACCGGCGGCGUGAAGAAGCCCCACCGCUACCGCCCGGGUACGGUCGCGCUCCGCGAGAUCCGCCGGUACCAGAAGUCGACGGACCUCCUGAUCCGCAAGCUGCCGUUCCAGCGCCUCGUCCGUGAGAUCGCCCAGGACUACAAGACGGAUCUGCGUUUCCAGACGACGGCCAUCCUGGCGCUGCAGGAAGCCGCCGAGGCCUACCUUGUCUCGCUCUUUGAGGAUACCAACUUGUGCGCGAUCCACGCCAAGCGCGUGACCAUCAUGCCCAAGGACAUCCACUUGGCCCGCCGUAUCCGCGGUGAACGCACGUAAACGGCGCGUAUGUGUGUCUCUCUUUUUACCCCCAAUUGUGAUGUGCAUGCGACGCACCGCCUGUAUCGUCUUCCGAGCGCCGCAGUGCAUUGUGGCCGGGGAUUAUAUAUUUUAAAAGCAACGAGAUAAAGAAUCGUCUUGAUGAAUCCA